AUGGACCAAAGAUUCUGUGUGAACCUGAGCCUGGUGUCAGAGGGCUGCAGUAAUCUGAAGAAGCAGAUUCAGAUCGCCCACCUGUUUGGAGUACCUGUAGUGGUUGCUCUCAACGUCUUCAGGACCGACACCCAGGCGGAAAUCGACGUUGUGUGCCAGAUCGCCAAAGAGUCGGGCGCGUGCGCCGCCGUGCCGUGUCAUCACUGGGAGCGGGGUGGGCGGGGCUCCCUGGAGUUGGCCCAGGCGGUGAAGGAGGCGGCCAGCAGUCCCAGCCACUUCCGCUUCCUCUACGACCUGCAGACGCCCAUAGUGGAGAAGAUCAGGAUGAUAGCCCAGAAGGUGUACGGGGCUGAUGACAUUGAGCUGUCCCCAGAGGCCCAGGCCAAGAUACACUACUACACCCAGAAGGGCUUCAGCACACUGCCCAUCUGCAUGGCCAAGACCCACCUGUCCCUCUCCCACAUGCCCGACAAGAAGGGCGUGCCCACCGGCUUCACUCUGCCAAUCAGAGACGUCCGUGCCAGCAUCGGGGCGGGGUUCAUCUACCCCCUGGUGGGCACGAUGAGCACCAUGCCAGGCCUGCCCACGCGCCCCUGCUUCUAUGACAUCGACCUUGACCCUGUCACCGAGGAAAUCACCGGGCUGUUCUGAGCACGCUCCAAUCUCAACAGGGGGCGUGGCUGCAGGAUCAAGCCUCUUCUGGCUCCAUCCCUGGUCUGACCUCCGCCGACACAGGAAGGAGUCUCAAGGCACACUUUAAUACUGGUGGCAUCAUUUUGCACAUCAUCCUUGUCAAGCCAAGCCAGACCUCUCAAGCAGGGUCUUUUUUAAUUUGUCUUAAAACGAUUUCAGUAGUUUUAGUUGAAAAGGAACGUAUUUUAAGUUACUUUUAUCAAAUUAAGCCAUAAAGUUGUUUGUUUGAGAUUCUAUAGCUGCUGAUUUUUUUUUUAUACACCUGUGUCCUAACUUUAUUUUACUUAUGCAGUAUUUCUGAACCAGAUUCAGAAAGUAUUAUGCGCACAAGCUCUUUUUAAUGUAGCCUAACAUUUCCAAACCAAAGAAAAUCCUGCUGACCGUGUGAAUCUCUGAUUGUGUGAGUCCUAACUGCGUGACUUUAUAUAGAACAUUUUCAGCCUUAAUAAAAGUUUCAAUAAAUGCCA